AUCAUGGCUACUAGUGCAGAUCGUUUGCCGCAGCCCUUAGAUUGCACCAAUCUGGCGAAAGAGUGGCCUCGGUGGAAGCAGAAAUUCAACAUUUACAUGAUCGCGAACAACAAAACCGGUGAGACGGAGAGGAGUAAAAUCGCUUCAUUCCUAUGGUUGGUUGGUGAACAUGGUGUGGAAAUCUACAAUUCUCUAUUUCCUAAUAACGGUGAUGUGGAAACUAUGUUUGGAGGAGUCGUUGCUACUGCCGAUGAAGAUGACGACAACGACGAUCCAGCACAAGAGCGUACAUUUGCAGAUGUGAUUGACGCUUUUGACUCAUAUUGUCUUCCCCGAAAAAAUCUGGCUGUUGAAGCGUUCAAAUUCAAUUUGAUCGUUCAGAAGGAAAAGCAGCCAUUUGCGGAAUUCGAAACGUCACUACGUACUCAAUUGGCGUACUGUGAAUUCGAAUGCGAAUCGUGUCGUGCGUCGUAUGCGGAACGAAUGUUACGUGAUCGGAUUAUCCUUGGCAUCCAGGAUAAAAAACUACAGCUCAAGCUAUUGGACGGAAAGAAUGAACCACUGGUAAACAUCGUGGAAAUGUGCAAAGUUUAUGAAGCCGCUGCGGAGAACAAGCAAUUACUGGAGCGUAAGGAAGUGAACAAUAUCAUCGAUAAAACCGUAAAGGAGAGCAGUGAAAUCGCAGUUUUGAAGUCACCAAUGUGCUACAAUUGUGGACAACCAUUCAACGGGCGCCACCGUCGCUUCUGUCCGGCAAUUGAUGUUGUCUGCGAUGGAUGUGGCCGUCGCGGUCACUUCAAGAAGUUCUGCAAGGCAUACAAGUACAAAAGCAGCAAUCAGAUCGGAGACAUCAAGAGUCACAACCAUACAGGGGGCACGUCGGUUGGAGCUUCAAAACGAGCAGUAGUCACCAAUAAAACCCAUGUGUUGAAUUGGGCAGAUGCAGGUAAUAUUUGCGAAAAGGGUUUAAGUAAUGAGCAUAAUGAAAGUAGGCAUUUGAGUACAUUCGAUUCUUAUUAUAGAAUAAAUACGAAUACCGUGUCAAGUGGGGGUGCGACCGAAAAUGGACCAAACCUGAGAGAGAGAAGCCAGCUCGAUGACAGAUCGUUUAUUUACCAUGUCUUCUUCUUGUUCAUUUGUGUGGAAACCGUGGAAACACGACAUAUCCAGGUGACAUUCCAUUACGUCGUAACCAAAAUUUGCUACUUCAUUGAAAUCAUGUGUAAAUUAACUGUUUUUAAUGAUUGUGAACUUCAUAUCACGGAAUGAAAAAUAUUCUUCAUAUUACUGGAUCAUGCAGAUUGAUGGUUACUGGUUCAAUUUACUGAAAUCAAUAUAAAAGAAAGUUGCGAACAUAAACCGUCAAACAGAUAAUUUCGGUUACGACUAUUUGAAGUUGCAUUGGUGUAUUUACUUUUUCCGGUUCGCAGUGACUGGAUCGCGGUGACAUUAGGAUGAAGAUAAACAAAGCGAGCUGUCUUCUCUCUCUCAGGACCAAACGAUACCUGAUCCAGGACAUGCCUGUGGAUUUUAAACUUGAUACCGGCGCAGACGUCAAUUGUGUGGCACCCCUGUGUGAUGUAAAUAUCUCCAGCCAUGCAACACCCCUGUACCAUCUGUCAGACUGGGAGGGUGAGAAAUAUGUUAAUGUUGUGUGUAGCUUUUGAGUGUGUGAUUAUGUUUAUAUUGUAUGUGGAUAUUGUGUGAAUAAUAAUAACAGUUUGGGCGACAUAAAUUACAUGUAUAAAUUGUUUCUGCAAAUCAUCCGAAUACUCCGAAUAUUGAGGGUUUAACAUUGGCGACGAGGACGGUACUUUGAACCUGAAAUUCACAAGUUUGUAUUAAAGAAGUGAUCGGCGUUUUAAGAAGCUUGAAGGAAAUAAAGCUUAUCACGAAGGCGAUUUUGUUAUUGAUCCGUCACAAACCAAGUAACAGGACGAUGGAUAAAUGGGAAAUUCAACAGUUUGCCUUUAAAGCACUGGCACAGAAUGAAAUUCGAGGCCAGUGGAUCCGCUGGAAGCGUAAUUUCGAGUACGUAGUUGCCGCUAGUGGAGAGAAAGAUCAAACCAAAUUGAAAUUCUUAUUGCUGGCGCGGGCAGGUCCAGAUGUCCAAGAAGUGUUUCAAUCCAUUCCGGAUGCUGACGUUGAUGAAUCUGAUGAUGUUAGCCCAUACAAAGUUGCAUUAUGCAAGCUUGAUGAGUAUUUUGCUCCGAAGCAUCAUGAUUCAAUGGAGCGAAAUAUAUUCUGGACGCUCAAACCUGAAGCCGGGGAAAAUCUUGAGAAGUUCAUGCUGCGAGCUCGUGAGCAAGCAAAUAAGUGUGAUUUCGGUAAAACGCAACAAGGGAGCCGUGAUAUAUGUGUUAUAGACAAAAUUAUAUUAAUGGCUCCUCCGGAUUUGAAAGAAAAGCUUCUCCAGAAGGACCAAUUGUCUCUAGAUGAAGCGUUUAAGAUUGUUUCAUCUCAUCAAUCAGUAAAAUAUCAAGCUAGCCAAAUGGUAACACCGGGACCUUCAGGAGUAUCAGCAUUCCAGAAUGUCGGAGGGAAUGUGAACCGUGUUUUUGGUGAUCAGUCUGGGCGGGUCGCAUUAGAAUGCUCUCGUUGUGGUCGUAGAGGUCAUUUAGGAAACGACCCAAAAUGCCCUGCUCGGGAUAAGGAAUGUGGUUACUGCAAGCGAGUUGGUCAUUUUGCCAGAAAAUGCAAAACUGCUAGUUCGAAAAAUGCGGUGAGUGAUACUCAAAGGAGACAAGAUAAAAGGCCAAUGAUGAAGGGCAUUGCUCAGCGCAUAAGAACAAUUCCUUCGGAAG